AUGACAGACCAGUUGAUGGAUGUUGACAAUCCUGGGGCUGCCAUUCAGCAGCUCCAGAAUGGCGAGAUCGAUGAGUCCCUCUACAGCAGACAACUCUACGUUCUGGGACAUGAGGCUAUGAAGCGUAUGGGCGCCUCCAACGUCCUCAUCGUUGGAUUAAAGGGCUUAGGUGUCGAAAUUGCAAAGAACAUUGCCCUGGCUGGCGUCAAGUCUCUGACUCUCUUCGACCCUGAACCGGCUGCCAUUGCCGACCUCUCCUCCCAAUUCUUCCUGCACGCCGAAGACGUCGGCAAGCCUAGAGCAGAGGUUACGGCGCCCCGCGUGGCUGAACUCAACGCUUAUACUCCCAUAUCCAUUUCCAAAGCGAAAUCAUUGACAGACGAUCUGAGCCACCUCAAACAAUACCAAGUCAUCGUCCUGACAAACACGUCCCUCAAGGACCAGCUCACAAUCUCCGAUUACUGCCACCAGAACGGGAUCUACUUGGUGAUUGCCGAUACGUUUGGUCUCUUUGGUUAUAUCUUCACAGACUUCGGAAAGGAUUUCACAGUGGGCGACGUGACGGGCGAGAACCCAAUCAGUGGCAUUGUUGCAGACAUCGAUGAGACUGGUCUGGUAUCGGCUCUUGAUGAGACGAGACACGGACUUGAAGAUGGUGACUAUGUCGAGUUCGCCGAAGUCAAAGGCCUGGAAGGCUUGAAUGGUACAGCUCCCCGAAAAAUUACAGUCAAAGGACCGUACUCGUUUUCCAUCGGCGAUGUCUCAGGUCUGGGCAAGUACGAAGGAGGCGGUCUCUGGGCACAAGUCAAGAUGCCAAAGGUUCUCCAAUUCCAGCCCCUGUCCGAACAGAUCAAGAAGCCUGAAAUCCUCAUGUCCGACUUUGCGAAAUUUGACCGACCUGCGCAACUUCAUGUCGGCAUCCAGGCGCUCCACCAGUUCAAAGAGAACAAGGGCUCAUUCCCACGACCACACAAUGACGAAGACGCAAAGGAAGUCAUUGCGAUCACCAAGAAAUUGGCGAAGGAAAGCGGUGAAGAGGUUGAAAUCGAUGACAAACUGAUCACAGAGCUGAGUUACCAGGCUCAAGGUGAUAUCAGUCCAAUGGCCGCAUUCUUUGGUGGUCUGACUGCACAGGAAGUUCUCAAGGCUGUGUCUGGAAAAUUUACGCCAGUUGUACAGUGGAUGUAUUUUGAUUCUUUAGAAUCAAUUCCGACGUCGGUGGCCAGGAAUGAGGAGCUUUGCAAGCCCAUUGGAUGCAGAUACGACGGCCAGAUUGCAGUAUUCGGCAAAGAGUUUCAAGAAAAGAUCUCCAAUGUGAAGAAUUUCUUGGUUGGCGCUGGCGCCAUCGGUUGUGAGAUGCUCAAGAACUACGCCAUGAUUGGCCUAGGAAGCGGUCCCAAGGGGCAUAUUACCGUCACAGACAACGACUCCAUCGAGAAGAGCAACCUCAACCGUCAAUUCUUGUUCAGGGCCAAGGACGUCGGCAAGCAGAAGAGCGAGGUCGCGGCAGAGGCAGCCCAGGCCAUGAAUCCUGACCUCAAGGGUAAAUUCACCAUCAUGACGGACAGAAUUGGGCCUGACAGCGAGGAUAUCUUCAACGAAGAAUUCUGGCAUGAGCUUGAUUUUGUCACAAAUGCAUUGGACAACGUCGAAGCCCGUACCUACGUGGACAGAAGAUGCGUGUUCUUCAUGAAGCCAUUGCUCGAAAGCGGUACGCUCGGAACGAAAGGCAAUACCCAGGUCAUUCUGCCACGCCUGACCGAAUCGUAUUCCAGCUCACAGGAUCCGCCUGAGCAAUCAUUCCCCAUGUGUACACUACGAAGCUUCCCCAACAAGAUUGAGCAUACCAUUGCUUGGGCCCGUGACUUGUUCCAGUCGUACUUCGUCGGCCCCCCGGAAACGGUCAACCUGUACAUGUCCCAACCAGAUUACAUCAAUACCACUCUGAAACAACAAGGCAAUGAAAAGAUGAUCCUCGACAGUCUCAAGGAGUAUCUAGUGACCAACAAGCCGUCCGACUUCAACGACUGUAUCAGCUGGGCGCGGAUCGAGUUUGAGAAGCAGUAUCACAAUGCUAUCGAACAAUUGCUGUACAAUUUCCCCAAGGACUCCAAGACUUCAUCGGGGGCCGACUUCUGGUCUGGACCGAAGCGCGCUCCGACAUCGCUCAACUUCGAUCCCAAGGACGAGACACAUAUGGGCUUUGUGGUUCACGGAGCCGCUCUUCGUGCCUACAACUAUGGCAUUCCUGUCCCGAAGCUCAAGCAUGAAGAUUAUGUCAAGGUCAUCGACAGCAUGAUCAUCCCUGAAUUCAGACCCGAUGCCAAUGUGAAGAUCCAAGCAGACGAGAAAGAGCCGGAUCCAAAUGCCGCCCAGCCCAGUUUCGCAGACGACGCUGAAGAGCUGAAUAAGAUUAUCGCGGAACUGCCCACACCCAAAUCUCUGCCUGGUUUCCGACUCAAUGUCGUGGAGUUCGAGAAGGAUGAUGAUACCAACCACCACAUCGACUUCAUCACAAGUGCCAGCAAUCUCCGUGCACUGAACUACAACAUUCCAGUGGCGGAUCGCCACAAGACAAAGUUCAUUGCUGGCAAGAUCAUUCCCGCCAUCGCGACCACCACCGCGUUGGUCACAGGGCUGGUGAUCGUUGAGCUCUUCAAGAUUGUGGACGGCAAGACCGACCUUGAGCAAUACAAGAAUGGGUUCGUCAAUCUGGCACUGCCAUUCUUCGGUUUUAGCGAACCUAUUGCCAGUCCAAAGGGCAAGUACCAGGGCAAGAACGGUGAAGUCACCAUUGACAAGCUCUGGGACCGGUUCGAGGUGGAUGACAUCACGUUGACCGAGUUCUUGAAACACUUCGAAGACCUUGGACUGAGUGUGACCAUGGUCAGCUCCGGAGUCAGCUUGCUCUAUGCCAGUUUCUACCCGCCCAACAAGACGAAGGACCGCAUGCCUCUCAAGAUGAGCAAAUUGUUGGAGACGAUCAGUCGCAAGCCAAUUCCUGAGCACCAGAAGAACAUUAUCUUUGAGAUUACGGCCGAAGACACGACCGAAGAGGACGUCGAGAUCCCGUACGUGAUGGUCAAGUACAAGAAGUAG